AUGGGGGAGAUAUCGGAAUCAAUUAAAAAAUGCAUAGCCAUACUUAAAGCGGCGCAAAGCGAUACCGAAAAAUUCGCAGCGCUAUUUAUGGUUACCAAACUAGUGAAAGGAAAAGACUGCAAUGCAGCAGCGAAAAAAGCUUUGUUUGAAGCCAUUGGAUUUAAAUUUCUCAAGAAACUUUUAACUGGCACUAAUGCCCAAGAUGACUGCCCUCCAUCAGUAUAUAAAUCAGUUGCACUCUCAAUACUUACAUGCUUCUGUAAUGAACCAGAACUUGCAACACACACUGAUAUGCUCACCAAUAUACCAGUAUUUCUUGACAUAGUACAAACCUCUGACAACGAUGACUAUGAUGAUAACCUUAUCAUAAUCAGUGAAGCUUACACAUGCCUUCAAUGCAUUGCGGAACAUGAAGCAGGACAAAAAGCUCUCAUUGAAGUUGGGGCUAUAACAAAGAUGUCAGAAAUUUAUUCACACCAAAGCUUUCAGACUGAUGAAGCCUUAAAUAUUCUAGUGAAGUUAGUAAGUCGUUAUGGCCCUGCAGCUUGGGGUGGUGAUCCUAAACCAUUCCAUGCCCUGGUUAACAAAAUUGCCUUAGAUUUUGCCACUGAUCAAUCUGAGAGAAAAUUUGAAUUGGCAACCAUUUUAAGUGCACUUUUAUACAGUUGCAAUAAGAACACUGUAAUACCAGGAUCAACAGAAGAAACAUGGCCUCAAAGUAUUUAUAAAGCUCUUCACGAUAUACUUACCAGCAAAAUCGGAAAGAACCAAAGAGAUCCUGCCUUAAAGCUAGCUGCUAAUAUUAUUGACCUUUUGGGUAUAGAGUGGACAUUUAACGAUGAGGAAAACCCUAAGAAAUUCUUCCUUUUACUCCUACAGCUAUGUGCCAUUGAGAUUAGAAUGCAACUUGAAGAUAGGAGUUUUAAGCAAGCUUUUGCAAAUGCAGAUCUAGUCACUGCAUGUUUCAUGGUACUUGAGUCUUCAAUAAAUUAUAUGGCUACAGAUCAGUUGGAUCUAGAACAAAAAGAGAAGCAGUCUGUCUACACUAGUCUUAAGGGUGCUUUUAAUGCUGUUGUAUCUAUCUUAACCAAAGUUUCUAAUGACAAGAACCGAGAUAAACUUCCUGAUGUGGAAAAGGUGUUUGUAUGUGCUAUGGUAAGAGUUUUAGUUGCUUGGCUCGCCCAGGAAACAACUGCAAUGAGGGAUCAAGUGUGCAACCUACUUCCGUUUAUGUUUUCACUUGCAAAUGAUUCAUUUCAUGCAUAUAGAGCAAGAAAACUAUCUGAGAAAAACAAGUCUGAAGGAGAAUCGAUGGACACAGACAUCAGUUUGAUGGGGCAAAUAGAUCUACUGAGAUUAAUGCUACCAGCUUUAUGUCAUCUUGUAGUAGAGGAUAAAGCUCGGGACAUAACUUUAAAUUUAAAACAAGAGGAUAUAUUGUAUGAAGCCAUGAAUUUCCAUUGGUCAAUUGUUCACUAUAAGAAACCACCUGUACCAAAAUCAGAGAGGGGCAAGGUGAAGAAGCCAGAACCAGAAUUAGAUCCACAAGUGUUGGAAGAUAUGAAAGAUUCGAGAGCAGCUAUGGUCAGCCUCUGCAACAUUUUCAUGAACCUCACUGUACUAGCACCAAAGGUUGUUGAAAACAGUAUGCUGUUUAACACCUUACUGAAAUUUAUAUUCAACAAUUUACCUGAAUUGAAAAAUAUUCCUGAAAACCUUGUUUUACAUGGACAUUUGGCAGUAUUAGGUUUAUUGUUACUGAAACAGCAAGGGGCAAGUAAGGUUAAGAAGAAUGACUUCUCAAUUUGUCGAUACAUACAGUCAACUAUACGUUUUCUAUGGGAUGCAUACAUUGUUGACGAGUCAAAUGACCCUAGUGCGCUUGUUGUGUCCAUGACUUAUAAAGAGAACUGGGGUGAAAUAGCCGACUUAUGGUUUUUAGGUAUGCAAACAUUAAGUGGGGUUUUAACUAUUGUACCUUGGAUAUCUGAAUUUGCUAUUGAGAGUGGCUGGGCAGAGGGAAUAGCCGAAAUGCUUGCUAAGGUAAAAGUUGGCACUUUAGCGCCUAACAUUAAAUCAGCAUUUGAGGACUUCUUAUGUCGUCUUGUGGACUCAAAUGAGAAUGCCAAAGCUGUUCUAAAGAAAGGAGGAGCGUUGAAGAUGUGCAGAAGUCACAGAAUGAUGGACCUUGGGAAAAAGCUAUUCGGCGAUUAG